GGUAACGCUAACAAGGGCUUAAGAUGGAUGGGGCCAUGGGGGCUCUUGUUCAUAAACCCCACUUCAAGUGGUUGCUUCUCCAUUCCCCCCUGCUGCUUCAACCAUGGUGGAAAUGAAUCCCUCCCAUUCCAAUCCUCACAAUAUUGUGUUAUAAAACCUUCCAAAUCUUCAUCUUCUUCUCUGUCAAUCAUUUCCUCUCUCUAGAUAUUGCUAUAAAAGCUUCAUAUUAUUCUUCUUCCUCUUCAAUCACUCUCUCUCUAGACAUAGAUGGCCGGUUCCUUAUUGACCAGAGCGUUUGGCGGAUUCCGAUCAAUCCGACCAGCAAUUCUUCACACACACAACCCACAAUUAUAUUCUUCCUUCCUUAAGAGGAAAUCUAUUGAUAAUCUUGUGAAACCGUCCUCCUUGGUAUCAUCAGCACCUCGUUUUGUUUGUUAUAUCAGUGCUGCUUUGACUCAUAAGGGAGCAAGAGCCACCUUUUCAACCCAAUCCAUGGCAACAAAUGAGCCUGUUGUUUCAGUUGAUUGGCUCCAUGAAAAUCUUAGGGAGCCCAAUGUUAAGGUAUUGGAUGCUUCUUGGUAUAUGCCUGAUGAGCAGCGUAACCCCCUUCAAGAGUACCAGGUGGCUCAUAUUCCUGGAGCUCUUUUUUUUGAUGUGGAUGGGAUAUCAGAUCGAACCUCUAACUUGCCACACAUGCUUCCUUCUGAAGAAGCCUUUGCUGCUGCCGUUUCUGCUCUUGGCAUACACAAUAAAGAUGGGUUGGUUGUUUAUGAUGGCAAGGGCAUAUUCAGUGCUGCUCGUGUAUGGUGGAUGUUUAGAGUGUUUGGACAUGAUAAAGUUUGGGUGCUUGAUGGAGGUUUGCCACGUUGGCGUGCUUCAGGAUAUGAUGUAGAAUCGAGUGCCUCUGGAGAUGCAAUUUUGAAAGCAAGCGCUGCUAGUGAAGCAAUAGAAAAAGUUUAUCAAGGACAAGUGGUUGGCCUGAGUACAUUCGUCACAAAUUUCCAGCCACAUCUAGUUUGGACUUUGGAACAGGUUCAAAAAAACAUCGAAGAGAAAUCUUACCAACAUAUUGAUGCAAGGUCAAAGGCCAGAUUUGAUGGCAUGGUUCCAGAGCCUCGAAAAGGAAUACGAAGCGGUCAUGUACCAGGCAGCAAAUGUAUUCCUUUUGGCCAGGUACUAGAUAAUUCGCAGACACUCCUACCUCCAAAUGAACUUGCAAAAAUAUUUGAGCAAGAAGGCAUUUCUUUGGAUCGCCCCGUUGUCAGCUCAUGUGGAACUGGUGUAACUGCAUGUUUACUUGCAUUAGGUCUGCAUCGACUUGGGAAGACUGACGUUCCAGUCUAUGAUGGAUCUUGGACAGAAUGGGGUGGUCAAUCUGAUACUCCAGUCUCCAAUGCUUGAUUUCUUUAUCAAUGAGAAUUCUAGGGGAAAGGCAUGGUUUGGGUGAUAACAUACAGUGAGAGAAGAGGCGGAAAUGGAUCUUGGAAUCACUUGUUUCAUGAAGCUUUUCUUUGAGUUCUAUGGAGCGGGUUUCACACUUGUUGAAUAUCCUGUUCAGUCCCUGCCAACCUACCGUCUAGAGAGAGGAGGGGUUUGGGUUGGAAGAAGAAUUGAAUUUCAAUGGGUUCUAUAGGCAAUCUGUUUGUGAUGAACCAGGCCGUGGGUUUCUGAUAAUCUUGAGUGAUUUGUUAAUAUGGAAAAUUUUGGAGAAAUAUUAACUCCGAUUGCGAUGAACAUUGGUGAACCUGAACAUGAUUUUGAAUUGUCUACUAUAUUUGACGUUUUAUAAUAAUCAUUAUGAUUCGCUCA